GUUGGCGUCGCAGCCGGCGCGGGCAGUGACAGCGGCAGAGAGACAGCGACGACGCUUUUGCUCGCGUGCAGCGCCCGCUAUGGUUUCAGUUCGUUUUCGCACGCUGUUCGCAACGAACGGCUCAUCUCUCACACACACAGACAGCAGGCGACCAGCUUCAGCAGCAAAGAGCAGAGCCAAAGAGACACACAGGCAGUCGUUCACCGUUUACCGUUAACAGUUAGCUCUAGCCUGAACCGAACCGAACCGAACCGAAUCGAAAGCCAAAGCCAAAGAGUGAAACAGUUACCAUUCGAUAUCUCGAUAUCUCGAUAUCUCGUGCGUGUUUUUUUGCUCAUCAAAUGUCCGAGUGUUCCGAUCGCACGGAAAUUGUUUUUUAUUGUGUCGCCCAGCUGUAACUCUAACUGUGCCGGCCAUGACCGUUCCACGAGUGCUAUAAGAAGACCCUCCUGCUCUGCCCCCCUCUCCUCCCACGAACAGUUGCCGCCAGAGCGCCGUCCGCCCGGAGAGACAAAGCGAAAAGCCGUCGGCACAAUGCAGGCCACCAAAAUGCGCACCCCCUUUGCCAUCCAGGAGAUCCUCGGCCUGGGCGUCGGGGCAGCCGCCUACCAGCAGCAGCAGCAGCAACAACAACAACAGCAGCAGCAGCAUCAGCAGGUGGCCGCCGCUGCAGCCACGCCCAGCUCCACGGAGGCGCCACUAUCGCCGGCCGCCACUCCACCGCCCCGCAAUGCCAACACGCCGGCCAGCGCGGCCUCAGGCGCCUCCGGAGUGCAGCAGCAGCAGCAGCAGCUGCAACAGCAACAACUGCAACAGCAACAGCAGCAGCAGCAGCAGCAGCAGAUCUCCCAGGAGGCGGCCGUGCGGGACUCGCGCUCCCUCUCGCCCUCCCCGGACGUGACACGACUAUCGGCAGCCGCGGCCGCCGCAGCCGCUGCCGCCGCCCACUGCCAGCUGCCCGUCUUCAAUCCGGCCAACUUCUACGCGGCCGCCGGCUAUGCGGCCGCCGCGGACCCCUCGAACGCGGCGGCGGCCCACCACCACCACAUGACCACCCUGGCGGCGGCGGCCUAUCUGCGCGGCUUCCUGCCGCCCGGCUUCAGCACGCCGCACGAGUUCCGGGGCCACUUCCAGCAGCACUUUGGAGCCCAGUUCGCAGAACAAGCGGCCGCACGUGGUCAGGAGUACGCCAGCAGCCUGGCCAACGCCAGUGGCGACGAGCAGUCGCCCAGCAAGGCCGGCGGCAGUGCAGGCUCGGGCACCGCCCCGGGCAACGGCAACGGCAACGGCAGCAGCAACGGACAUCUCGGGUCUCCGCCCAGCAGCAACGGACCCGCCGGCGAGGCCGGAUCGGGGGCCUCCGGGUCGGCCCUGGCCAGCGCCUCCGCCUCGGCGGCCGGGGCAGCCUCCGCCAGUCGCUCCUCGCCCGCCGGCGGCGCCGCCAGCCACCAUCACGCCGCUCUGGCGGCCCAUCAGCAUGCGGCAGCCGCUGCCGCUGCGGCCCAUCACCAUGCUGCCGCUGCGGCCGCCGCCCACCAUGCCCACCACGCCCAUGCCGCCCACCACGGCCACCCGCACCUGCACGCCCACGCCGCCCACCAUGCGGAGGCAGCCGCCUUCCUGGGCGCGGCCGGAGGAGCCGGCGGCAACCCCAACAGCCUCCUGGCCGGCCACGGCGCGGACGUCCUGGUGGGCCCCGGCGGCGCCGGGCCCGGCGGCAAGAAGAAGAACAAGCGGCGCCACGGCCGCACCAUCUUCACCAGCAGCCAGCUGGAGGAGCUGGAGAAGGCCUUCAAGGAGGCCCACUACCCGGACGUGAGCGCCCGGGAGCUGCUCUCCAUGAAGACGGGCCUGGCCGAGGACCGCAUACAGGUGUGGUACCAGAACCGGCGGGCCAAGUGGCGCAAAACGGAAAAGUGCUGGGGCCACAGCACGAAGAUGGCCGAGUACGGGCUGUACGGGGCGAUGGUGAGGCACUCGCUGCCGCUGCCGGAGACAAUCAUCAAGUCGGCGAAGGAGGACGAGUCGGUGGCCCCCUGGCUGCUGGGGAUGCACAAGAAGUCGCUGGAGGCCGCCGAGCUGCUGAAGAGCGACGAGAGCGACCGGGAGACGCCCACCUCGGACGACACCAACACCAGCUACUCGGCCGGCAGCACCCACAACUCCCCCAUCUCCAGCUUCUCCAUCUCGCGGCUCCUCUUCGACGCCCCGCCGCCCGCCGCGGGCAAGCCGAGCAAGCACCAUGCCCACGCCCACGCCCAGGCCCAGGCCCAGGCCCAGGCCCAGGCGCACAUCGCGGCCGCCAAUGCGGCGGCAGCCGCGGCCGCCGCCGCCCACCACCAUCACCACCACCACGGGGGGGAGGCGGCCGCCGCAGCCGCCGCCGCCGCUGCCAUGCACGCGGGCAUGGCCCAGCAGCACCAUGCCCACGCCCACGCCCACGCCCACUCGCACUCCCACUCGCAGCCGGGGGCGCACCACGCGCAGCCAGCCGGAGCGUCGGGGGCGAGCACCGGGGGCCAGCACCAGCACCACCCGUACAACCAGCAGCAGCACCUGCACCACCUGCAGCAGCUGCAGCAGCAACGGGAGCGGGAGAGGGAGCGCCAGCAGCAGCAGGCGGUGCAGCACGCGAUGCACAUGCACCACCACGGCCCCGCCGGGUACGCUGAGGCAGCCGUGGCCGCUGCCGCCGCCGCCGCUGCUGUGGCAGCCGCCGCCAAUGCCCGGAACGCGGCCGCCGCAGCCGCUGCCUCCGCGGCCGUGACCGUCGCCGAGUCGGAGGAGGAUCCGGACGAGGACGAGGAGAUGGACAAGGACUGCGACCCGGAGAUCGACGGCGACAUGGAGGUCGCCGGCGACGCGGACGGAGACGCCGACGGUGACGGCGACGGUGACGGCGACGGCGAUGCCGACGGGGAGAUCGACAUCUGCGACGACCACGACGACGAGGUGCACAUGCACGAGCAGCUCCUGCUGAAGGUCAAGCAGGAGCAGGCCGCGGGCGGCUCCUCCAGAUGAAACAUGUACAUCGAUGUGUUGUUCUAAUUCAGCAGACAACCGGCAACGAAGCGCAACGGGACGCAACGCCCCGGAGAGACGCCUCCGGGCGUGGCAAUGAACCCUUUUCUAAGCAUAAUCUAAUGACAUUAUUCAUAAACGUAAACGUAAACGUAAACGUAAACCUUAAAUCGGAACAAAACAUUUUUUUUCAUAGACCUAAGCAGCACCCAAGCAUAAAUUCGCGUAAAUCGUAUCCUACGGAUCGCACGGAUCGCACGGAUCGCACAGAUCGUACGGAUCGCACGGAUCGUAUACACCUAGAUACUAUAGUACCAUAUUCAAUGGAGUUUGUUUGCCCUUUUUUUGUCUAGAGAUUGUAAAUAUCUAAGAGGUGGAACCCGUUCGGAGCUACGAUUUGCAAAAAUUUCUAAAAUACGCUAAAUGUGAUUUAAUUUAGUUAUCGAUUCUGAACAAGGCUUUUUAUCGUUUAAGAUCAUUUUUUUUCCUCGAAAAUUAAGUUUUAAAAACCCCAUAUAUGUAUUUUUUUUUUGUGUCGCAUCCUUCCUGUAAAAAUUGUACAUACAAGCAAGGCCCCACUUCAAAUGGGAGAUGCGAGUCCUUGGGCCCUGCUCCGCAUUCAUCGUAUCGUUUGCAUCAAAGACCUAUCGAAUGCAUGGAGGACGCAUCUGUUCUAUAAAAGGAUCAGCGGAUAUUCUGUACAUACGAGUCCCAUUCGAGCGUUGAGCCCCCACCCGCCACUCCCGCUUGAGACCCCCCUUAUGCUCUUACUUUAUCCUUUGCAUACUCGUAAUUCAAACAUUGUACGAAGCAACCCCAAGAACCACAUAAGUAAACUCCAAAUUGUGUAAUUAUUGAGCAAGACAAAGCAAAUCCACACAUACAAUACAUACUUACGAAUAUAUGAAAGUUAGAUGAAAUAAAAUGGAUGAUAUGAAAAAUA